AUGACUUACCAUAAAUAUGUCGUAACGGCUCAGAAACCAACUGCCACACAAUUUGCAGUCAAAGGAUCCUUUACAGCACCAAACGACACCAACUUGGUGCUUGGCAAAGGAACACGUAUCGAGAUCUAUACCUUGACUCCAGAUGGACUCAAGCCUACGCUGGAAUUCAGUAUCUAUGGUACAAUUACUGCAAUGACCCUUCAUGUCCCACCCGGUCGAGACAAAGCUUCCCUUUUCUUAUUGACCGCACGUCACAAGUACUGUGUUCUGAACUACUCAGAGUCAUCGCAACAAGUUCUGACCGAGGCAAGCGGCGAAGUACUGAUGCCAGGUGAAAUGAGAAUGGAGACUGGCAAUAUUCGUACAGCUAUGGAUCCGUCUGGUAUCUACUUUGCAGCAACUCUUUAUCAGAACAUUCUCACCGUAAUCAUCCCAAGUGAAUGCGCUCGUAAUCGCGAAGGAACUAAUCAUCGUCGACGAUCAUCUCUUAAAACACGUGAAUCUCGGCGAAGACACAGCCAAACUAAAUCUUCAACACCUCAAGACUUUGUCCACAUCAAUCUUGCAGAUAUGUUUGUGGUAUCGAUUGCAUUCUUGCAAAACUCAGAUGAACCUACACUUAUGGUAUUGUAUGAUACACCUGUGGGCCACCGUUUUCUCGAGCUAUUCACCUUAGACCUUCGGAACCGAGAACUUGUGCCUUACAAAAUGAAGCCAGAGCGAUUUGGCAGAGAUGCGAAUCUUUUGAUUCCAAUGCCCGCGCCUGUGGGUGGAGUGGUGGUCAUUUCGGGUCAAUACAUACGCUUUAUUCACCCAGACAAAAACCCAAGAGCAAUUGGCAUCCGACCUUGCACGAUCAACAGUUAUUCGAUCAUGGAUCAAAGUGGAUCUCGCAUAAUGCUAGCAGACACCGAUGGAACACUCUAUCUUUUGGCAGUAACUUUGGAUAACAAGACUGUAGAUCGACUUUCUUUAAUUAGUCUUGGUCAGAUUCCUUUGCCUUCAUGUUUGGUAUACUUGGAUAACGAUGUCGUAUUCGUAGGAUCCACAUUAGGAGACUCCCAGUUGGUUCAUAUUAUGGAAUGUGAUGACACCACAUCAGGCGACGUUCAACUAGAAGUUCUCGAAGAGUUUCCAAACCUCGGCCCCAUCUCUGACUUUUGUGUCGCUGACUUGGAUAAGCAGGGACAUAAUCAAUUGAUUACUUGUUCUGGUGUCGGAAAAGAUAGUUCAUUACGUAUUAUUCGCAAUGGUGUUGGAUUAAAUGAACUUGCGGCUAUUGAGAUUAGUGGUGUUAAAGGAGUCUGGGCUCUACGUCCAUUGUUUGAAGAUGUUCAUGACGAUAUGCUGGUAAUUUCAUUCUUUAAUCAGACACGAAUCCUUCAAUUGCGAGAUAGUACCAUGGUGCCAGUAGAAAGUCAUUCUGGUCUUGCACUCGAUCAACGUACACUGGUCACAGCUGUGAUGGUUGGAAAUCUCAUUAUUCAGGUUACUGAGCACAGCGCCCGUCUUGUUGAAUCUACCCCAGACGGAAAUUUAUUGGACGAAUGGAAAGCACCCGAAGGCACCCAGAUUACUGUGGCUAGUGUCAACCCAACACAGUGUGUACUAUCUACUGGGUUUGGCCAACUUAUUGCUCUUCAGGUUUCCAACAACAGAUUUGAAGAAAUAGGGCAAUUGGAGCAUGAAGUAUCGUGUAUUGAUAUCAGUCCAACCGAUACUUCUCUGGCAUCUUCGGUAGUGGCUGUAGGAAUCUGGGGUAAUGUCGGCGUCCUACUGCUGUCUCUGCCUUAUUUGAAUAUUAUUGCCGAAGAACCUUUGGCCGGUACUGUCAUGCCACGUUCGAUCCUUAUGGCCAAAUUCGAGGAGAUUUGUUAUUUGCUUGUGGCUUUGGGAGAUGGUCAGUUCUACAACUUCAAGCUCGACAGUCGCCAGGGAAAACUGUGGGAUAAGAAACGUACAUUCCUUGGAAAACAGCCGAUUUCUCUGGGAUCUUUUACAUCGAAUGGUACCACUCAUGUGUUUGCAGCUUCUGACAAGCCGAGUGUUAUUCAUAGCCGAAAUCAAAAGUUACUUUAUUCCAAUGUCAAUCUAAAGGAAGUAAGAUGUGUCACAUCUUUUAAUAGUGUGUCGUUCCCAGAUGCAAUUGCACUGACGACCAAGGAAGGAUUGUUGAUCGGUCAGAUGGAAGAAAUCCAAAAAUUACACAUCACCAAAAUUGCAACAGUCGAUACUCCUCGUAGGAUCACUCACCAAGAAUCCACAAGGACCUUUGGACUUGUGACCGAAUCUUCUCAACAACAGCUAUCAUCUAAUGGAAAACCUUUGAUGGGUGGAUUUGAAUUGAUCGAUGACCAAACUUUUGCAGUGCUGGAUCGUAUUUAUUUUCAAGCACCAGAACGUCCAUUGGCAGUGGCCUCGGUUGUGUUUGACAAUGAUGCAAAUACUUAUUAUGUUCUCGGAACUGGAAAGGAAACCGAUGCCUAUGAUGCUGUUGGAGAAGGAAGGCUUUUAGUGUUCACUGUAAAAGACCGAAAAUUAGACCUGGUAUUCCAGAUCAAAGCUCAUGGAAUAGUAGAAAAUAUACGACCAAUGGAUGGAAAGGUCUUGGUGACCUCUCGUGGUCAAAUUAAUAUCUAUUCUUGGGAAACAGGAUUAUCUGGCAAGGGUUAUCUGGUGUCUGAAUGUUCACACACUACACCUACUGUAACCACCUCUGUGGCCAGUUGCAACGAUAUGAUUGUUACCGGUGACACUGUUUGCUCAAUGACCGCUCUCCACUACAACCCAAAGACACACACGAUUGAAGAUCUCGGGAGUGAUGAGAUGCAUCAGCAGGUUACUGCAGUCGAAGCUCUCAGCCAGGAUCUUUACAUUGGUGCCGAGAGAGAAGGACAUUUAUUUGUGGUUGAACGUAGUCCAUCAGACUCAACAGAGUCUUUUCAAGAAGAACCGCUCUUGGAUACAGUCAGUCAAUGGCAUCUUGGAGAGAUGGUCAAUCAGUUUAGAUUUGGAUCUUUGGGUGUGGACAAUUCAGAUCCGGAUAGUCAGACUGUCAGCUCGUCGAUUAUAUUUGUUGCUACAAGUGGUUCGAUUGGUAUGAUAGUGGAUCUCUCGGCCGAAAGGUUCAAUUUGCUACGUCAGAUGCAAAGCAAUAUGACCCGUAUUGCAAACAGCAUUGGAGAAUUAAGCCAUGCAGAUUGGCGUAAUUGGUCUACCGUGGAUCAUCAAGAAUUGAGCUGUAAUGUCAUUGAUGGUGACCUGAUUGAGAGCUUUUUGGACUUGACUCCUCAACAAAUGCAAGGUGUAGUAGAUGGUCAGAACGGUGGUAGGAAAUUAGAUUUGUCUAUUGAAGACUUGUGUAAAGUAGUAGAGGAACUAAUGAGCAUACACUCUUAACCAAAAAACAAAUUCAAACUCUCUUUUGUUCUUUCUCUCUAAUUUCUCUUGCUGUAAAUACUUAAAGUCAUAUCUUCUUCUUCUUUAUAUUAUAUAUAUUAUAUAUUAUAUAUCAAUGUUACUAUUACUACUAUAACUAUUAUUUCUUACGAAAACUUUUAUUUCUUGCCUUUUCCAAGUAUGCAUGCAUUCAUUUCCCUUAUAUUCAUGUAAUAGAAAAAUAAAUUAUUUUAAGUUGCUUAUAUAUCCAUAU